AUGUGGGAUCCUCCUCCGCCGCUUGCUGCAGCGGCGCCGCCGCUGCUGUUCCGGUCCGAGGAGAGGAACCUACGGUGCCCGCGGUGCCAGUCGACGGACACCAAGUUCUGCUACUACAACAACUACAACCUCGCCCAGCCCCGCCACUUCUGCCGGAGCUGCCGCCGCUACUGGACCAAGGGCGGCUCCCUCCGCAACAUCCCCGUCGGCGGCGGCUCUCGCCGGAACACUAAGCGCGUCGCCCCCUCUCCCUCCUCCUCCUCCAAACGGCCCCUCAACCCCCUGGCAACUGCCGGCUCCUCCGGCGAGGCUUCCGACGGAGGCUGGGUGCCGCCGCUGCCGCCGCCACCGCCCCCACCGCCGGCGGAGACUUUUGUGAGUUCUCAGGACAACGCCGACGACGGCUGGGACGCCGCCGGCGGGUGGCCCGAUCUCGUCAUCUACAGUCACAGCUCCAACUUCCAGUGA